AUGGAGGUCCUCGGUCAGCCGUGCCGAUUCAUGAUAGAGGGUUGCUUCAAUCAGCCGUCCUUGAUGGAAGCGAUGAACUCUGCAAUUGCAACCGGUGACGAGUUUUUGGGAGUAACGGUGAGCAAAAGGAAGUCUGGGGAGCAGUUUUCCAAUCUCCUGCACAUGUUCAGCAUCCUCUGUGGCGGCAAGCGAUAUCUCUUGCUCGUGCAGGCUGAUGUCUCGAACACCGCGCUCAAUUUGGCUGAUCCAGCGCAUGUCUCUCACUUGCGUCAGGUUGCGGUCUCAAUCCUGUCGGCCGACGUGGACACAUGGGUAGUACAACAACUGGCGGAGUUCUAUCGUCUCCGCUUGAGGAAGCCCAUGGAGAUGAGCCAGCUCCUGUCGCCACAGCACCAACAGGAACUUCCAGCCACCUCUCCCGAUUCGAUGCUGAUGAUGCAUCAAGUGCCGCCAUCUCCUGCGGCCGCACAGUUCGUGCCGCCACAGCAGCAGUUUUCGAAGGAGAUCCCGAACAACAUGAUGCAAAUGCCGCCGAUGCCGAACCUGCAAGGCUUCCGCAACGAGCUGCAGGCACCGGCUGCCCCAGGCUCGGCCGGCCAGGCGCAGCCGCAGCUGAGGGGAUAUGGAACAAACGAGCAGUGGCAUGUGGCGUUACAGCCGCAGGACAACCAGCAGCUUCCGACUUACCCUGGUCGAGCUGUUCAAUCAGGAUUCCUGGAGUCCGAUGUGGACGUAGACCAGAGGUUCGAGAUGGGCUCCGGGCCCGAGGAAGAUGAGGGGAUCCCCAGCCUGGGCAGCUCCGCGCAUCCUGACAAGUGCACAGAGUGCCAAUUCCACUUCUUCAGUGCCUCGGGUUGCCGCAUGGGUGCGGACUGCCGCUUCUGUCACUUGUUCCAUCCCCGGAAGUGCCAGCGAAAGAACAGGAAGAUUCUCAAGAGGCUCCAAGUCAGCGGCAGGGAAGAGCAAGCUCCUCUUCCCGACGCAUCAAGCUUCGUCUUCAUUGGAGCCGAGCAGGGCAGCGUGAAGGUGAAGACCUUCCGCUACUUGAAGGAGGUGUUCCCGACGAGCCAGGGUGGGCGCCCACCUCGUGCUACCUUCCAGAUCGGGGCCAAGUUGCGUCUCAUUCCGACCCUGGAAUUCGAGGAUGCCCGUGCCCAGGCGAUCUUGCCUGGCGUGUCCUUCUCGAUCAAUCCGGCGCUGCCAGCCGGAGUGAUGCUGAACGAGCACACAGGCGUUAUCAGCGGAACGGCUCAUCAGGCAUCGCCGCGUGACCUCUACACUGUGACCAUGAGUGCUCAGGCCGAGACCUUGCAUGGUGCGAGCAUGGGCCCGCUGCCCGUUGCGAAGUGCUGCAUGUCGAUCCGCAUUGUGCAGCCGUGCAGUGCUCAGCGAGUGCCUACCGGGCUCCGAGAAAGAUGCCACAGCAUACUAGACUUACCGACCCGCCAAGCCCACGGAAGGGAUUGUAGCACUUCGAGUUACGAUUGA